CGUGAACUCGAAGGCGCUCGCGCUCAACUGGUGUUUCCGCUAUUCCCCACAGUCAGUGAAGGCAGCAUCAGCUCAGGGGCGGGUAACCGUGCAGUAUGGCGGACGAUGGAGACAGUUCGAGCGGUCCUGUUGACACCAGCGGCGGCCCGGCGGCAGCGGACGAGGCCGGGGCACCGGGCCUGGGCGGAAUGUUGCUGAACCUGUGCUUGCUGGCGGCGCUGGCGGCGCUGCUGCUGGCGGUGUACCGGCGGUGGGGCAGGCGGCUCGGCGCCGACGCGGCCCUGGGCGCCGAGGCCUCGGCGCUGCCCAAGAUGAGGAGACGGGACUUCAGCGUGGAGCAGCUGCGGGAAUACGACGGGCUCCAGAACCCGCGCAUCCUCAUGGCCGUCAACAUGAAAGUUUUCGACGUGACCAGCGGCAGGAAGUUUUACGGCAGAGAUGGUCCUUAUGGAAUCUUUGCGGGCCGCGACGCUUCCAGGGGUCUGGCCACCUUCUGCCUGGAGAAGGACGCUCUGAGGGACGAGUACGACGACCUGUCGGAUCUAACCGCCGUGGAGAUGGACAGCGUGCGCGAGUGGGAGAUGCAGUUUUUAGAGAAAUACGACUACGUGGGGCGGUUGCUGAAGCCUGGAGACGAGCCGUCGGAGUACACGGACGAGGAGGACAUCAAGGACCAUCUGAAGCACGAUUGAGCGGUUCCAUCGCCAUGACCAAAGCCAGGAGCCCCGAAUCGGCUGCAACAGACCGCCCCAGACCCCCCCACCCCCCUCUUCUUCUUCCUCCUCCAUCCUUCUCCCCCACCUUCCUCUUUUUCCUAAACUCUCCUCCUAAAGUGUCUGGCGCUGGCCGCGGCUGUGCUGGACGGGCGGAGCUUCUACGCCCAGACCUUCCUCCCGUCUUCAAAGAUUUCCACCAAGCAUUUGGACAUCUCGGCGAGGGAUCUUUAAAAAACAAAAAAACAAACAAACACGAGGGGGAGAUGGGUCUGUCGAUGUCGGGGCGAUCUUUCAGCGGAGGGUGGAGGAUGCGGCUCGUGUUGGGCGCUCCCUGCUGCGUGCAGGCCGGAGGGGAGGUCAGAUGAUCCGGAUAGGGGAACCUAUUUCUCUCUUUCUUUUUCUUUUCUUUUGUCACGUUUUCUGCAGCUCACCAAUCGACCGUGUUUGUUUUCCAAUCAUUUCCUCCCGCCAGGCGAGGGCAGUGCUGCGGCCGAACCAAAAGAGGUGGGCGGGGCGUUCCGUUGCGUUCGUAGUGUUUGCACUACUAGUUUUCUUUGUUUGUCACCAUGUGAUUGUAACUGUCCAAUAGCGUAGAGGACGAGAGGGAAGAGCUAUUUUUUGGAGUGGGCUCAAAGGUCCUUGCCAUUGAAAAUGGACGUGGAAUUGCGUGUGAAGUGACUCACUGCUGGGGAGCAGAAAGGGAAGGGCGGUCCUAGUCAAUCCACUCAACUGUUUACAUGCUUCACAAGCCAGCUGCAAGUCUGUAGAGCCCCCUAGAACGGUCCAAGUAUUAAUCGUGCCUUAUUUCCUUUGUGGCGGCGCCAGUCCUGCGGAAGGCUGUCGCCGCUUCACCUCUCUUCGACUCGGUCUCCCCCCAACCCAAGACUCAAAAGAAGGCACAGACUUUCAUGUCACCCACUUCACCAACGCUGUAAAUAGUAUUAAUCAGUGUUACUGCCAUAUUUAUGUAGUCGACAAACUUCAUCACUGCAAGUCGCAUUGGCCAAAAAAACCCUUAUUAGUUGUCAUUCUUUGUCUUUUUUGUUUUUUUUUAAAACGUGGGUGUUUUCCCCUCCAAAAGUUGCUGCAGGGUCGGACCGGUAGCUGUUAUCGCUGAAUUCUUCUUUUUUUUUCUUUUUCCAGAGACGUUGCUUCUCCUGUAAAUAUAUCUGUCCUUUUAUUAAAGCAUGUGCAACAACGUGAGCUGCGGCGGACUCCCA